CAUGGACAUAUCCUCCAUUAUCAAUCCAUUGCACCCCUUCCAGCGAUGGCGCGGCUAGAAGUUCUUAUAGUGGCCUUGGUGGCAUCGGUCGUUUCAGCCAAGAUCUCGGCCCAAGUACACCGCGAGUUGCUUGUGGAGGGCAUUGUCCAAGAAGUUGUCGUCAACUUUGUGCCUGUCAAUCUCGAUUCGAUGGUUUUGCUUGACGCUUUCGAUGCGAAUCGUUCCGGUCUCGUCGACGCAUUGAUAGCCCAGUCCAAGAAAGCAAAGCGUGUAGUGGACAACGUUCUCGGCAUUCGAAUCAACGGCCAUUGCGACAAGUUCUUUUACAUCGACAACACGUUCUUCCCUUGUGGUAGUUUGACCACGAAUGAAAUCCGUGCGCUUGCCAACAGUCCCAGUGUUCAGUCGAUUUCAAAAGCGGUGGUAGCCCGCGUGAACCCGUUGAAAGUGACAGCGUUUGAGUCAGACGCCGCCGCCGCUGCUGCCAACCAGUGGGGAGUGGACAAAAUUCAAGCGUCCGCAGUCUGGGCCACCAACGCGACGGGGACUGGCAUUGUCGUCGCCAACAUCGAUACAGGUGUCCGCCUCACCCACGAAGCCGUAAGCAGCAACUGGCGCAGUGACUUUGGGUGGUUUGAUCCUGAUGCUGGCUCCACAACACCCAGCGAUUCCAACGGUCAUGGCACCCACGUCAUGGGCACAAUCGCCGGUCAAGUCAACGGCAUCGGGGUCGCCCCAGGUGCCAAGUGGAUUGCGUGUUUGGGCUGCCCGAAUUCUAGCUGUCCGCAAGCUACGUUGACCGCUUGUGCGCAAUGGUUGCUGUGUCCGACCGAUGCGCUAGGCAACAAAGAUUGCACCAAGGCCCCACACGUUAUCAACAACUCGUGGGGCUCCACAGACGGAGCGUCAACUUGGUUUGAGCCGUCGAUCUCUGCGUGGCGAGCAGCUGGUAUCAUCCCCGUGUUUUCCAACGGAAAUAGCGGAAACGAUUGUGGUACGGUUGGAAGCCCAGGCAUGUCGCCGCAAGUGAUUGCGGUUGGCGCGACCGACUCGACCGACGGCCUAGCGUACUUCAGCUCGCGAGGACCUACGUACGACAAUCGCAUCAAGCCCGACCUUGCCGCCCCUGGUGUCAAUAUUGUGUCUGCGUACGCGGCCACCGACACCACAUAUGCCUAUAUGACUGGGACUUCGAUGGCAGCUCCCCAUGUGACAGGUGCCGUUGCUUUGUACUUGUCAGCAAACCCGACCGCCACUUUUGCCGACGUCUUCAUGGCACUGACCACAACUGUGGAUACAAACGAACUAGUUAUCCAGAGCCAAUCUUGUGGAGGGAUAUCAGAUGCCAAGUACCCCAACAACAACUUCGGCUACGGACGAUUGAACAUCGAGCGAGCCACCAAGACAAUAGUCUAUGUUCGUACAACUCAAGCGCCAACCCCUGAGACCACAAAUACUCCAGAACCUCCUCCAUCCCCUACUCCUUCCCCCACUCUAGCUCCUAUUCUGUCCCCUACUCCUUCCCCUACCCCAGCUCCAGCUCUUUCUCCUACUCCUACUCCUACAUCAUCCCCCCCUCCAGCUCCUACUUCAUCCCCUUCCCCAACUCCUACUCCAGCUCAGACACCACCCCCCACUCCUUUGCCUACCCCAACUCCUACUUAUGCUCCUACUCCUUCUCCUACAUCAUCUCCCACUCCAGUUCCAACUUCAUCCCCUUCCCCAACUCCUACUCCAUCCUCCUCUCCUUCGUCUACUCCUUCCCCCACCCCUACUUCUACCCGAUCCUCUAGCCCAACACGUACUUCUGCUGGUACUCCCGCCCCUACUCCAGCGCGUACCCCUGCUCGUACUCCAAGUAUUACUCCAAUCUUGCCUUCUACAACAAAGUCAGUUGGUACCCUUCCUCUUGCUUCAACUCCUACGCUACCUCCAUUUCCUACUACUCGGGCUAUUCCACGACCAACGCCUGUACCUAGUCCAUCCUCCACACCGCGGCCAACGCCGCGACUGACCCCUUCAUCUACACCACGAUCAACACUAACUCCGACUCGUGCACCUACACCCAGGCCUACACCUCGGCCGACCCCAGAUCCUACUCCUGCACGCACUCCACGGCCAACGUCAAGCCGAACUCCAGAUCCUCCCCCUGCACUUACACCUCCACCCACCCCCGCACUGACACCAGCUCCGACGACUUCUGUGCGUGUCAGCAGCAACUUGAAACACCAAUUGCUGUUCCAAACCAACAAGAUUCGAGCAGUGCAUAACAUUGGCUCUGUAACUUGGAACGAUGGGUUAGCGAUCCAAAUGCAAGCCUGGGCGGACACGUGUCCUGGAUUUCAACACGGAGGUCCUAGUGGGUGGCAAAAUUUGGCUACCUAUGACCGCUGUGGGUUGCAAGAGUGCAUGGCCAUAGCAGGGGCAGCGUGGUUGUGGUACGACCAAGAAGAAACCCUAUGGAACUACGACACCAAUCAGUGCUCGACCGGGGCGUGGGCCGAUUGUGGCCACUUUUCCAACAUGAUGAGCCCCCAAGUCAGUUCGAUGGCGUGCGGUUGGUCCGAGUGUGGCAAUGGCAACUACGUGUGGUGCAACUACGUCACUCCAGUCAUAUAUCCCCAGGUGCCUCUAAGUACGAUCAGCAAGGAACAGCUCGCGGCUAGUCUUGUGGGUUAAAAGUAUGUACAGU